AUGGAUCCGGACGAAAAUUCUACCACAACAUCAAAAACCAAUAAUAAUAAUAAUGCAUUCACAAAUCUCAGACGAACAGUUUCACUUACUAGACCACGAAGAGGUACUCAAAGUGGAGGAGAAUCCAACUCAACAACCAAACCCAAACAAACAUUAGUCAAUGCAACCAAUUAUAUUAAUCAAAUUUUACAUAGACGAGCAUCAUUGAAUAGAGAAAACAAAAACAUUCAAAAAGAUGAAAAAUUAUUAAAAAAAGCACGAAUAUUUUUGGAUACAAAACAAAGGUCAAAAGCUAGAAUUGCUUCAUUAUGGAGUUUUAUUGAUAUUGCAAAUGAACUUGAUCAAGCACAAUUCUUUCAACAACAUGCAGAAGAGGUAUUUGAUGUAAUAUAUAAAUCAUUUAUGGGACAAGUUGAAAAAAUAAAACAAAAAUCCGAUAGACCAAUGUCAUUUUCAUCAAAAGAAUAUUUAAACAUUAAUAAAACUCUUUUAUUAUUAAGAAAAAUAUUUUUAUAUUUACUGGAUCGAAUAAGAAGUGGUUGGCAACGCAAACAAAUAGUACAAGGAUUUCAAUUAUUAUUAUUAUGGUUGAAUGAUCAAACGAUUGAAUUAUCGGAAUGUAUACAUCUAUAUUCAAAUUCAAUAUCAUUAGAUUUAUUCUUAUAUGAUCAAAUAAAAAAUUUUCCAUUAUUUCCAAAUCCACAUCCACCAACAUAUAAUGAUGCAGUACAAUUAUUACAAUUAGAUUUAAAUGGAUUAGUUAGAUUAGCACAUGUGGCAGCAGGAUCAAAACCACCAUCAGAAAAUUACGAUUUUCCUCAAAUUGAAAAUAUUGAACAUGAUAAUGGAAUAGCUAUAGGAAUGGGAAUUGAUUCCGCAUUUGCUGCUGCUAAAUUUCAUUUCGAUUUAUCAAAAAAAUUUUAUUUAACUAAAUUAUUUCCACAAUGUGCUAAAAAUCUUGAUACAAUAUUAUCACAUCCUUCACCCGCUACUCCAAUAUUAAAAUCUAUUGUAUUAGGACCAGAGAAUAGAGAAUUUGCUCAUGAAAUAGUUAGGCAAGCAUUAAUGUUACCAGCUGGUAGUCCUUUAUAUAAAGAUAUUGUUAGAGGUGCUGUACAUCUUGUUGGAGUAUGGAUUUUAAAAGAAAGACCAACAUUUCUUCGAAAGUCACCUUCUCAAGGUCCACUUUCUGCUUCUUCCUCAAGUUCAAUUAACAAUAAUCAAAUUCCAUCAACAGAUAAGCAAGGUGAUUCUCCAAUAAUCAAUACUCCUGUAAAUAAUAUUCCUUCCCCACCUUUCACCACUUUUUCUUCCGCCAAUAUUUAUCUUCGAAGAUAUAUUCAAUUACUCAGUUUAGUCUUUGAAGAUCAUUCAGCGAUUACUUUUGAUGGAAUGACGAACAUUGAAGUAGAAUCACAAGUAACAAUAUAUCGUGAUGUACUUUCAUUAUAUCGUUCUAUGGUAUCUGAAGAUAAAUAUGCUGCUAUUUCUUGUGUAUCAUUAGCUGAAGAUUUGGCUGAUUAUCUUGUUGAAACAAUAUUAAAUGCAUUUGCAAGAUCAAAUAUUCAAAGCCCGGAAUUAUGGCAAAGAUUAAAAAAUCAAAUGAGUAAUAGUACAAGGUGGUCUCAAACCAUAUCACAAUGGACUAAAAUAAUGUUAAAACUUACCAAAGUUAUGUCUAAAUAUGUACAUCAUGUUGAUCUUGAUACUGUUGAAUUAAAUCGACGAUUAUCUGAAUUAUCUACAUCAGGACGUCAUCAUCAUAGACGUAAGCCUUCUAAAAGUAAUCGUCGUCAUUUAUCCUUACGUAGUGGUGGUGGUGAGCGUAGACAUAAAUCAUCAGGUAGUAAUUCUUCUCGUGAAGAAGUUAUGUCCGCUCUAAAUGGGAAUUCUGGAUCAGCUUUAUUAAAUGUUGUAGUUGGCAAUAAUUUAAAUGGUGGUGGUGGCGGACUUGCUUCAUCUACUCAUUCCGGUCAUUCAGGUCAUUCAGGACAUUCCGGUCGCUCAGGAAUUAAAUCAAAUAGAACUUCAUCUUCUUCAGUAUUCUUUGCUCAAACUAAUUUUAGUAGUGAAAGAUUAUCAAUAUCUUUAGCUAAUUUUAGAUGUCCCGAAUUUAUACAUUUGGAAAUUUUGUCUUGGAAUAGUGAAAGUGCUCAAUUUGUUUGGAAAAAUAUGUUAUGUGCUUUGGGUAAUUUGAAUUAUAUUCAAGUAACUUCAAAUCAUGCGGAUGCAAUUAAAUGUUUGGUGGAAAUAAUGGAUAUGUUAGAAUUGGUAAAGAUAAUUAUUUAUUCUUUUACUCUUUGUAAGAUACAAGAUCAAGAUGAUUUUGAUGAAGGAUAUUAUUCCCAUUUUUAUUGUACAAUACUUAAAGGAUUAUCAGAUCCCGAUACAUUAAUAACAUUGUCAAUUAUAAAUAAUUCUACUAAAUUAUUUUCACAAUGUUUAAGUGGAAAUAAUAUUUUAUAUCAAAAAAUCACCAAACAAAAUGCUAUUACUAUACUUUGUUCACUCAUUUGUAUGUUAAAUCAAUUAUCAUCUGUUGAAGUUCCUGUUAUAAUAUAUAAAAAAUUGAUGAAUAUUGAGAAUUAUAAUGAUAUGGAUUUUUAUUUCAAAAAUAUACCAUUUUCGGAGGUGAGAAAAGUAUUAGAAAAAACAUUGAUUUCUUCACUGACAACUGAGAAUACCAUUCAUAACUAUAAAACACAUAAUAUGUUGUUAUAUGGAAUUUGUUCUUUUACAUUUGAUGAACUUACUGCGACAUCAAGUCCAGACACAAAUAUGAUCAGAGAAUGCUUUCUAGCAUUAUUAAAUCAAUUAUAUUUAAGUCAUUUACCUGUAGUCACCACCGCUGCAGAUUGUUUAAUUGGAUUUGCCCAUAAUUCUUCUUUAUGGUGUAAUGAAGAUAUGGAUAAAAUAUUUACCAUAAUUAUUCAAGAUGUUUUUGGAUUCAUAAUAGCGAAAUUAUUCUAUUGUUUACUUGAAUGGUUAAUGAUUAUUCCAACUGAUUUCUUUACUGGUACUGAAUUAUGUCAAUUGGUAUUCGAUGCUAUUGAUUUGGCACUUGAAGCAGACAAAAAGAUAAUAAUUAAUUCCACUAUUGAUGGUGAACAAAAUUAUCAUGUGAUUGGAAUAGAAAAUAAUAAUGUUGCUGGAUGUGUAUUAGUACAUUUAACUCAUCAUUUUGAUAAUUUUGCUCCUCUUCAUGGACCAGCGAUGAUUAAUAGUACAUUGGUUGGACCAUUAGGAAAUGACACAAGAGAUGAUGAAUUGUCAGAUCAAUAUCAUUAUUUCUCAUAUAAUGAUACAACGAUAAUAACAUUAAUUGAAAUACCGAAUAGUGAAGGAAAUUCAUUUUCGCGUAUGAUAAUACGUGAUUAUACAGGUCGAUAUGCGUGGGAUUCUAGUUUAUUUUAUAAGAAUUCAAUUGACACUAAUAAUAAAAAAGGAGAUAAAAAGAUUAAUAUUAAUAGUGCAGCUGAUCAUAUAAUUUUAAGAAACAAUAUUAAAAUUGAUAAAGAAGAUUUUAAACCAAAAUCUGGAUCACCGAAAAUGAAUUCAAAAAGAACGUCCAAUUUUUUUAAAGAGAAAAAUCGAUUACCCGUAUGGACAGAAAAUAGCCAUACUGAAUAUGUAAAUAUGUUGGAUAAUUUACUUCAAUUUAUUGAUCAACAAACUCCCAGUCAUCAAGAAGUUGAAUCAUCAUCUCCAAUAUAUUCACCAAUAGCAACAAAUACAACAACUGAUGAUUUACAAUUGGGAAUUAAUUAUAUUGAGGAACAAUUGAAUAGGCAUAUACAAGAAGAAUCUCUUUAUGGAAAUUCCACUGAUGUUCAAUCACAAAAGUGGUAUGAUAAUGUUAUUUCAUUAAGAAAUAAUAUUUUUAAUGAAAAUGAUUAUAAAGUGGUUAAACGAAGAUCAAGGAAUCCACUUUAUUGUAGAACCACUUCACAUUUAUCUCUUGGUGCUGAUUUUUCAUUAUCAAAAUCAUUUUUACCUGUUUUACCCCCUGAAGCUGAAAUGCCUAUUGAACCUUAUCAACAGUGUAGAUUAUUUCUUAGUCAUUUUGGUUGGUUAAAUCCUGAUGCUGCUUUAAAAGAUGGUUCAAUUUGUUUACUUAAUAAAUCUCCAGGAUUAUAUCGUGACAUAAGAUUAUUAGAUAAAAAACAUGCUAGAGAAAUAAUUAAAAUUGCUAUAUUAUAUGUGGGUCCUGGACAAGAAGAUGAACAAUGUAUAUUACAUAAUACUAAUGGUAGUCGAUUAUAUGAUGAAUUUGUGGCCAGUUUAGGAUGGGAAAUUGAUUUAGCUACUCAUCCUGGUUAUUUGGGUGGUUUAGAAAGAAAUUCUACAAAUGGAAAUGAUCACGUUCAUAUAAUAUUUAAUGAACAUCAUCGUGAAUACCGAAAAACUACAAUAGGUGGAGAUUUUGGUAAUGCUCAAAUUGUAGUUACUCCAUUAUCCAAUGGAUUAUUUAGUAUCGAUAUUCAUCGUGAUCCUAAAAUACCUCCAUUUGGACCUUUAAUUUCGGGAAUGGUAAUUAGUAAAAAUGUUUUGGGUCCUUUGGUCAGAAUGACCGCUAUUCAGGCGUUUAGAAAUAGUCUACAUAAUAUUAAUAGUACUAAUAUCACAAUGUAUCAACAUCCUUAUAUGGAAAGAGCUUCGGAUAUUAAUAUAAUUAUGAAUAGACAUAAAAAUACAAAGUUUAAUAACACUUAUGAAGCUUUUAUGAAGAGAAUAUAUGUUUUACCUAUUGACGAUGAAGAAAUAGAUCGACAACAAAGCUCACAUACUAAUGGAAAUUUAACCAGUCAAUGUAAAGAACAAUAUUCUGAAAGGAUUACCUUUCAAAGCGAAAAAAUGAGCACUGCUUUCAAUGAGGAAGAAUGGGUAAAUAAAGUGGGAGUGAUUCCAGACAAAGUUACAAAACCUCGAGGAUGGAUAGAAUUCUUUGAAGCUUAA